AUGGUGUUGGGCGUGCCACUGCUUGAUGACUUGAGCGACAGCAAAUUUCUUUGGGCCUGUCCGCAUGGAAAUUCAAAGACCUGCAAUUCCAAGCGCUGGAAACUGCCAUCGCAGCCUUGUGCAGAGAGCAUUUCCACCUUGAAUGAGUGGUGUCAGGCAAUGUCCACACAUCUGACUUUACACUGGGACUUUAAUUUUAUGGAUGGUUCUCAGCUUGGGCGAUUGGGUGCCGUUGGUCCCUCAGAGUUGGCACGAGCGAUGGACUCAAGCACGAACUAUAAAGGUCAGUUGAACAACCUGCUUCACAAGCUGCUUCGCCGACCUGUCGUGAAGGGUGACGUGAUCUAUGUGUUAGACUCCAAGAGGCCCUUCACCGCUAGCGUGUGGAUUUUGGCCGAGGCCCUUGGAGGUAGCGAGGCCGGCAAGUUUGCGGGCGCCGCGUGCAGCGGCAAGAAGGCCGCGGAGCAAUCUGCGGCCGCCAGGGCACUUGAAGGCUUGGAAGAGCUCUUGAACGUGCGGGUUGCACCUGUGAAGGCACAUCGCCUACCACAACUGCUGUCCUCCAACUACAAAGGACAGUUGGUGGAGCAGCUGCAGCAAUUGCUUGGGCAUACACUGAUGCGAGGGGACGUCGUUUUCAACACGCCAACGGACUCACCACCGUUUGUGACCUCCCUGGAAGUGAAUGUGAUGGAGGAGAAGAAAAUUGUCCUGAGCGUGGCCUGUCCAAACAAGAAGGCGGCUGAACAAAGCGCAGCUAGGGCCAUGGUCGAACAACUUCAGAGGGACUUUUCCAAGGAGCUGAAGACACAAAACAAGUCCUUGAUGUGUGGCCCCAUGGUCCCCGUGUUUUGCUGCAGAGUGUCAGUUUUACUGGGCGAUGCCACCAUUUGUGAGGCCAAAAGCGAUGCCCUUGCCUUCUCGUCCAAACAGGCUGCGAAGGAAAGUGCUGCUUUUCUUGCAUGCGACAAGCUCAGCACAGAGCUUGAAGGCUCCACUGGCCAGAUUCGGCUGGCAGAGCAGAUCAAGCAUUUCUGCCAAGAGCUUCGUCCUACUUCUUUGGCUUUAGUUGAGUCUCAUAUUGCGAUAGCGCAGCCGCAUGAAGUCCCACGACCUGUGGGAUUGGUGAUUUGA